AUCUUUUUUUCUUGGACCGAAAGAUAUGCAAUGUUUCGGUAUCCCUUUAAGUAUAAAUUAUGGAGAUUUGUUUCUUCUAUUAUAAAUAAACAAAGGUCACAAUUAUUUCAACCCCUAUUAUUUUUCCUCCUUCUGUGUUUCCGAUAAUUCUCAAAAUCCCCAUUCUUUCAGUAAUUACCUCAUCAACACUAUCAUCACCGGUGAAAGUGAAAGUGAAAUCAACCACACAGGUAAUCAUAAAAUAAUGGAGUCGCAUGAUGAAACAGACCGCCCCAUACUCUGUGUUAACAAUUGUGGCUUCUUUGGAAGGGCUGCGACGAUGAAUAUGUGUUCCAAAUGUUACAAAGACACAAUGUUGAAGCAGGAACAAGACAAACUAGCGACAGCAUCGGUAGAAAACAUUGUGAGUGGCAGUUCCACCUACAACGAGAAACAAGUCGUGACUGACAAUGCUGUUGAUGGAAAAGUUGGAAACGUGGAGAUUUCCGGAGAUUCAUCGUCUGGUGAGAAUUUGGAGACGAAAGUCAAGACAGGUCCAAGCAGAUGUGCUGCUUGUCGAAAGCGUGUCGGAUUAACUGGUUUCACAUGCAAAUGUGGGAACCUUUUCUGUGCAAUGCACCGAUAUUCUGAUAAACAUGAUUGCCCGUUUGAUUACCAGUCCGUUGGUCGGGAUGCUAUUGCUAAAUCCAACCCUGUAAUUAAGGCUGAUAAGCUUAACAAAUUCUAGUCGCGAUCGGCGUCUCACCUUUUAUCGGCUAGUUUUUCAUAUGUAUAUAUAUUGGCUAUCUGGCUUUUGAUUGAAGUGUUCUUUAGUGACUAUAAACUGAUUCAUGUCUUGAAAACCUGCAUUCCUUGUUGAUGGGUGAGGAAUCACUUAUUAGCUAUUGUAGGGGUUUGGUGCUGGUUUGAUGGACUUCAUUUGUUGGUUGCUCUGCAUUUUUUUUUUUUCUCAAUGCAUUAAUGGUAUUUACUACUUAGUUUGUA